AGGAUAAUUUAGGCCUCGGAGGAGCAGUGGUGGUCACGCUCUAUAAGAUGGGGUUUCCGGAAGCUGCCAGGACACAUCAGAUUGAGGCUGCUCCUACCAGUGCUGCAAGUGAUGGAUUUAAGGCAGAUCUUGUCUUUAAGGAGAUCGAGAAGAAGCUUGAAGAGGAUGGGGAACAGUUUGUGAAGAAAAUUGGUGGUAUUUUUGCCUUCAAGGUGAAGGAUGGUCCUGGGGGUAAAGAAGCCACCUGGGUGGUGGAUGUGAAGAAUGGCAAAGGAUCAGUGCUUCCCAACUCAGAUAAGAAGGCUGACUGCACAAUCACCAUGGCUGACUCGGACUUACUGGCUUUAAUGACUGGUAAAAUGAAUCCUCAGUCGGCCUUCUUUCAAGGCAAAUUGAAAAUCACUGGCAACAUGGGGCUGGCAAUGAAGUUACAAAAUCUUCAACUUCAACCAGGCAAAGCUAAGCUGUGAAGAAUUCCCUUUAGCAACUUUGGAAAAUCGAGAUGAGAUAUAUAGAUAUAUAUCCACAUAUUUCAUUGUCAGAACUUAGACUGAAACUACACAUUGGCAAAUAGCAUGAGACAGAUUUGUUAAAUGGGUGUGUAACCAAUUGUGUUUUUCCUAUGCUCUUGGUAAACAGAGCCUGAUGGUGUCCUACUGCUUUGAGGAAUUGCAUACAACUGUGCAUGACAAAGUUAAUAUGGUAAUUAUGGUUUGGGGUAAAUUAGUUUCAGAAUAAAAUUAGGAACAGUAAAAAUCUAAAAACUAUGCAAA